ACCUCUCUACAUUAGGCCCUUUGUCGGGUUGCACACGACUUACGUCCAUCACGAUCGGUGCAUAUCUCUGCGUUCUCUGCAGGAGUUGACUUGCCUAAUGUACGAAGGUCUGCUAUUUCCUUUUUCUAGCUGGUUUCGUUUUAGUACAUUUCCAAUCUUAUAGUGUGAAGAUUCUGUUUCUCUCCACUCCAACCACUACAGAAUUACGACUUUUCACGACAAAGUGACCAUGCUUUGCAGUUGCGUACGACGAUACUCGAUUUGGAUUCUGUUCGUUGCCUCCAGCCAAGUAACCGCAUUGUCAACACGGUUCCUGCAGCAUAGAUCCUCAUGGCAGAAAACGGUCUUCUCGCGCGACGAUAGUGCGGAUUCUGGAUAUGAUACCUCGAACGAAAACGCACAAGGUGCCUCGGGGGGUUCAGAUGGAGGCAUCAACUUAGCGACUCGCGAUCAGAUUAUAAUCGGAAUCGUCAUCGCUGUUGUAGGAGUUCUCUCGAUAUCAUCAGCCGCUCUGAUCUUCAUCAGGAAGAAAAGACGCUGGGACGCAAUCGAAAGGAAUCACGAACGGGCCAGAGAAUACUCUAUUCCUCCGGCCUAUCGAUACUAUCACGCACAACCACUACUUCCCCGACCAUCAUACGAUAUGGAAUCAACAUCAACACCUCCACCCGCUUACCCCGGUUUACCACCUUAUGAUCCCUCUACGUACCGAAAUCAAUACUUCACCCCGAUGGGGACUUACAAUAUCCAUGCGGGAAAUCGACCAGGACAUCAUCGGAAUCCUAGCAUAUCCUCGCACUGGUCAUUUGCAUACCAACCGGCUAUCCCCCUGUCUAGCGGAUGCACCUCGCAUGCUAGACCGAUGCUUCCUCCACGAUCGCAUGCUCGUCCUCCUACCGUAUUUCAUUCUGCGGAGAUUAUGCGGCCUACUUCCAGCUUUGGUCCGAAUCGACCUGCUAGUCGGUCGGAUCCCCUGCCAAUGACAGGAGUGAGAGGGCCAAGGAAACCAAAACCGGUUCUGCCUAAGCUUAUUACGAACUUAUGAUCGGCUUUACUUGCAUAUUUCAAUCAGUAAGAAGGAUGGGACUGGCCUUUUGCCUAAGCCCUUGAGCGCAGAAACCCAGUGCUGGACUACGGGGUUCCAGUGCCUGUGAUUAUAUAUCCCCUAUCCGUACGGAAGACAACGCCCUGUUCAGGGCAUCAAACAUCCCUGAGCUGCCUCAUAGUACUACAACCGCUCACAAGAGUCUAUCUCGCGCGUCUCAAUAACGCAUCAACGAAAUAUCCCCGGAGAUAAUCUCACAACCGAAUCUGAAUUGAAAAUCUCGACAUAUCGUUUGAAUCCUUUUAAUCAUCUAGCACCCCCUGACGACAG